AUAACAGGAAAAAGUUUGCACUGUAUUUUAGUAUCAUAAACAAGAAUGAGUGAUACAGACUCCUUGCAAUAUUUACCAAUGGAGAGAUGGGGGGAGCUUGAAGAGGCUUUCAAGACCGACUGGCCAAGGGGUAUAUCUGGUUACACCGCAUUGAGGACCCAACGGGAUCUAGUCAGCCGCGGACUGGGCUACGGAUUCAAAGUUUAUUGCCCCUUCGGCGAUGUGUCCAGCGGUAUGGUGGCCUUGAACAAGAAACACAACUUUAAUGAAGUUUGGAUUCAGUGCCCAAAAGAUGAUACAGAGUCGCUUGAAAAUGCACUUUUAACUACAAAUGUCAUAGACUGGACACAAGAAAUGACAGUGCCAUUUAUACCUCAGCAUCUUUAUGACAUGCUUCUGAGAGUGACUAAAAAGCUUGGAGUGGUGUUUGAAGGGGAAAACUGGCCUACCUUGGAUGUUAUUAUUUAUCAAAAGACACAGCCUGCUUUUGAAAAUAUUUGUUUACCAGAUGGCAUACAAUUUAAGUCGGUCUUAGAAAAGGACAUCGAUAUGGUUGAUUCAAAAUGGAUAAUACGCUACGAUGGCUCGAAAAGCCUAUUCAGGCUCUUGGUAAAAGCUGACCUUAGUUAUGGCCUUUAUAAAGACAAUAUUUUAAUAUCAUGGAUCUUUAUCAGUGAAGUUGGAAACAUGGCCCAUUUGCACACCCCUGAAGAAUAUAGAAGAAAGGGCUAUGCAAUCUUAUUACUAAAACUUCUUUGCAACAAGUUUUUAGAAGAGAAACGAGAUCUUUUUGGAUAUUGCGAGAGUAGAAAUGUAAAAGCUUUAAACUUAUACGAAAAGCUUGGGUUUGAAAAACUUCAUUAUAUUCGAUAUACUGUCGUUAAGCCGAAAUAAACCGCCAACAUCAAUAGCAUGUUUUAUUAACUUACCAUUUAGAUCCAUUUGCAUCCGCAUAAGAUUUUUAAUUCUACGGGAAUAAUCUUUUAACGAUGAGUUGAUCCUAGAGCUCUUUCAUUUUUACGCUUUCCAUAGUAGAAAACAUGGAAAUGUUCAUGCUUUAAAACGGGC